GACCGGCAAAUUGUAAGGCAUAACAAAAAUGCUGACAACAAAACAAAUAAAACAGUUUCUGUAUUGGGUGACGUUGCUGGAAAUAUGGGGGAUUGUUUCAUGUGUAUCAGAUCCAGGAAUAACAAAAUUUACUUUAUCUCCAAAUGCUCCAACGGAGAGGGAAAUGAGACCCCUAUUGGCCAAUACAAAAAUCUAUGCAAAAUUGGAGUGUGAAGCUAAUAUCGAAACUGAAUUCGAUAUCAUAAUUAGUACAUCGCUGGUGGAGAGACAAUGUUGGUUCGAUGCCCCCGAGGUCCAAAAAGCAUUCGACAUAUUGGAAAGUCAACAAAGAGCUCAAAAUCAAAGCGCCCAAGUUGUGCAUAAAUAUCAAAUAGCCGGUACAUGUCCACAUCAUUUAAUUGUUUUGGAAAUACCUAACAAUGAGGUUCAGGGUGCUGUUGGAGCUAAUGCUUUGACAUCGGCUGAUACGGCAACGGUGAAGCCCGGUGAUACAACAUCACAAUUGACUGCUAAAUCCCCUGCUGAUACUUUGAAAAAUGCCAAACAUCCACUGUCGCCAACCAAUCGUCCCUUAUAUACCAUUUCGCAUGAUGGUAUCUAUGAACUAUCCAUAACUGUUGAAACAAAAACACCAGAACCUACAGAUUUUUCAGCCAUGGUCACAGUGGAAAUGUUGGGUCCAUAUGGUUAUAUAUCAGCUACCGAUUUUCCAUUUUUACCGUUCUAUGGUAUAAUGUGCAUUGUCUACGUAAUAUUUGGUGUCAUUUGGUUGGGUGUAUCCUUUAUGCAAUGGCGUGAUUUAUUGCGUAUACAAUUCUGGAUAGGUGGUGUCAUUCUAUUGGGCAUGUUGGAAAAGGCAUUUUUCUAUGCUGAAUAUCAUUCGGUAAAUACAAGUGGUGUUUCGGUGCCGGGCGCUGAAUUAACUGCUGAAUUUGUAUCGUGUGCCAAAAGAACAUUGGCUCGCAUGUUGGUGAUCAUCAUGAGUUUGGGUUUUGGUAUUGUAAAACCUCGUCUGGGCCCAUUACUACAUCGUGUGGUAGGUGUUGGCCUCUUGUAUUUCUUGUUGGCCUGUGUUGAAAGUUAUUUACGUGUUAUGCGUAACAAACCGGAUGUGCAAAAUGAAUUAUUGGUGGCCAGUAUUCCUUUGGCAGUUUUAGACACUGGAAUUUGUUGGUGGAUCUUUACAUCAUUGGUACAGACCACACGUACUCUACGUUUACGAAGAAACAUGGUCAAAUUGUCUUUGUAUAGACAUUUCACAAAUACAUUAAUAUUUUCUGUAAUUGCUUCCGUUAUAUUUAUGUUGUAUGCUUUACGUUUACGUAAAGCUGAAAAUUGCACGCCGGGUUGGCGUAAUAUAUGGAUUGAUACAGCAUUUUGGCAUAUCCUAUUCUCAGUUUUGUUAUUGGUUAUCAUGAUUUUGUGGCGUCCCACAAAUAAUAAUCAACGAUAUGCAUUUACACCACUGCUCGAUAAUCCCGAAGACGAAGAUGAUGAGGAAGAGGAUCAAUUUGUGGCAGAUGUAUAUGGUGUGAAAAUGCGUGGCACCAACAGUAACGGAGCCAAAACACCGCCAUCCAAAACGACAACCAACGAAGAAGAUGAUCUACGUUGGGUCGAAGAAAAUAUACCCGAAUCAAUGGCUGAUGUUACAUUACCCGCCCUUGAUUCUGACGAAGAAAUUAUCAAUACGAAAUUCGAAGUGUCGAAAAUGCAAUAGAUCAUCGA